AGUUCCGUGUUGAUUGAAAAUAUGCUCGGUUAUUUUCAGAUAUUCGAACCAGGGGGACCAUAGAAACAAAAUAUGUCUCAAUCACAAGCAGAAAAUUUCGUGACAGUCGUGGCAGUAGGAACAAAUCAACAAGACUCCAGUAAAGAAAACAUCAAUUUCGACUCCAACGGCUCCGGGUAUGUGACAGUUUUAACAAUCGGUGAUAACGAAAACAGCAAAGUUCUCAAAGAUGCAACGGAAGAAGUGAUAGUUUACAGAUUACCAGGGGAAAGACUGGGCUUUGGGCUCAAAUUCGAAGGAGGCACCAAAGCCAGUGAAUUCGUUAAACGGCUUUUCAUCCAAUCUUGUGCAGAAGACAGUCCUGCCUCCCGCGUAAAAAGUUCGUGGGGAAAAUUAUCCGAAGGAGACGAAGUUCUAGAAAUAGACUCCAUUCCGGUCAACACCCUCACCAGGAUAGACUGCGUGAGAUGCCUCAAAGACUCUAAUGUAGCCAUAAAAUUAUUAAUUCGCCAUAUCUACCAGCAACCCACGAAAAGUAAAUCGGAAGAGACUCCGACAGUUAUUGGAGCUGAUGAAAAAAGAACUCCCCCACCUCCACCGCCAGUUCCACCUAGAAAAAUUCCGAGGAAGUUAUUAAAAAACAGUACAGCUGUGCCUAAAGAACCGUCCGAUAAUGCACAUGAGAACACUGUUAGAUCGGAGCAAAGUAUGCCUAAAAAGCUCCAAUCACCUAGGAGCAGUGUGGGUCCUUGUAGUUCCCCAGACGUAUCCCGAAGAGACAGGAGGUUUUCUGAUGGCAGCCUAGGACCACCUGAUGCUGAAGUAUACGUCGAUCUCUUUCUGCAAGAAUCUACGCAGAGUCUCAGCGAAUCGGAUGAAACAGGAAGUACUAUAUCGACAGUUAUUGAUAAAUUCGGUUCGAUUCCCACCACAACCACCUCGAGUUUUUCCGGAAGUUUACCUUCCACGCCGACCUCAUUACAAAGACAACUCGAUAUUUCAAAUAUAAACAUUUAUGAUGAUGAUGAUCCGAUAGUAGCGACUAAACAUUCGGGGAAACCCUUAAUGAUACGCAGAGAAGAAAAUAAUAAUAUAAUCAUGGAUGAGGAAAAUCCUCUCUGUUUUCAGGAUGCUCCCCUGAGUUAUGGCAAUGAAAACACUAAGGUCAUCGUUCCUGAAAGUAAAGACGUGAGGGAAGACCCGAUUAUAAAAGAAGAUACCAAGCAAAUCAUGAAAAAGCCGCCAGUACCUCCACGUUCCAAAGAUACAAUGCUGUCAUCCGUUGAGAAAAAUGAUGACAGCAAAAAAUACAACGGGAACCUACUUCCAAGACUCGUAGAUUUUGUGCCAAAGUCUUGUAACGGCAUCAAGGAGAAUAUUGAAACAUCCACUGAAAUAAUGAAACUCUUCCUAGAGAAUGAGAGGUGCAAAACUGAUAUUGUUGAUUACGAUAGUCCUGCUAGUGAUAACAUUGACACCUACACUAACGGAAUUGAUUUAUAUUCUUCCAAAUGGAGCAUAUCGCAACUUGCUACGAUUGGUGAAGUCGAAGAAGAAGGAAGCUUGGAUUCUAGUCCCAAUAGACCAACAGAGAACUCUCCUCCAAUGGUUAUAGUUGAAAAUACAGAUUCAAGUGAAGAAAUCGAAUCACUAGAAAAUGAAGACGUAGUUGAUAAUGAGGACAUAGCUGACAAUGAAGAUAUAGUUGACAAUGAAGACGUAGUUGUCAAUGAAGAUGUAGUUGAUAAUAAAGAAUCCCAUGGGACCAUGGCAAAUCUACCGAGUGAUUCUAGACAACCACCAGAUGGGCAUGAGUUUCCUGAUUUCAUAGAAGAUACCAGGAAACAUCCCGAGCAGCGGUAUUUUCAAGAAGCUAAAUCGCAAAAAAGUGUCUCGACAGCAACGUAUACUCCACUAACAAUGCAGACCUCCUUAGAAGAUAUCCCCAAGGCAAGUAAUCUCCUACUUUGCCAACAAGUCAGUGCCUCGAAUACCGAUCUGUGUCCGAAAUUGUACGAUUCCGCUGAGGAUUUGAAGAACACAGAACCAAUUCCUGAACCAAGUAGACUUCACAUACGAUCCCAGAGUCUGGUCGAUAUGACAUCAAUCAGCAAACAGAAGAACAAUAAAUGGAACCAACUCAUCGAGCAACGAAAAAAGGGACUGUCGAAACUCAAAGGACUAGUGAUUCCAGAGAAUAUAGAAAGUGAUACAUCAACAUCUGUGAAUAUACCGGUAAUCAAGAGUCAGAACACAACUGUGAAUAUACCUGAAUUUAAGAGCCGAAACGCUGAUAUGUUUGUGCAUGUGCCAAAAUUAGAUAAUAACGGUACCAGUGAUGAAAUUCAUGUGAGGAUUCGCCCUGAGAUCUCCAGAUCCUCAUUGGCUGCACUUCCUUGGGCUUCAGAUUCUCCUAGCAGUUUUCCUAAAUAUUCUCCAGCUUUCAAGAGAAAAAGUCUUCAAGUCUACCCGACAAAUAUUAGUAAGAGUGAAAGUGAGUACCAAACAACAAUCGAAUUUCCUAAAUAUUGUGAUAAAUCUAGCGGUAAAAAUAGUAAACUGAGUGAUGAUGACCUGCAUCCUCCCAAAUCUUUGGAAAGCAUUUCCUCGCCUACCAGAUCAGACUGCAGCUUCGACUACGUGAACUCUACGAGGAGAUACAUCAAAGAAUCUGAUUCCUAUGCAAAACUGGCAAAUAACAAAACUGAGGACGAGAGCGACAACGAUUCGGCUGUGAGUUCUAGUCAAUCCAGCUACAACUCGAGAUAUUCCCCUCCUCCGUCGCCUAAUAGGUCUUCCGAUCUCAAUAAUUUUAGCAAAAAAGAGGAAGACGAAGACGACGCGAAUGCCCAUAACCGAUUGCUGAAGAGGUCGAGCGUCGAAGCCAUCAACAGGAAAAACAUUUUGGCUUCAGCAAAAUGCAGAAGUGGCAAGGAUCUGAAGAUCGGUUCCCCGGUCAUCCGCAGAAGACAGGAAGAAACAGCUAAUGGCGAGGACGAAGAGGAUAAAAGUGUCGCCAUAGAAGCUAGGAAGACUGAAUCGAUAGUUUUGGAAAGAGUUGACCAAACAGUUGUUGAAGAUGCAGUAUCGAAGAACGAGGAUGUUAUUACCCGGCAACUGGUCACCGAAAAUACUGAUGUAAUUGGAAAGAUUCCGAAUGAAAUGAGUAAUGUUGACAGAAGUAGAUCUCCUCCGAAGCCAUAUUUAAGAACUUCAUCUUUACCAGUUAGUCCUCUGACAUUAACCGUUCAAACAAGGAGCUCAGAGUCUCCCAGAGAACCGAGGAUAUCCAGAGAUUUCUAUAGCCACCGAAAAUCAGUUCCGAUCAAUGUGAAGGCUUUGAAAGAAAAUUUCGAAAAUUUCGGAUCUACUCCCUCACUAACUCCUCCAAAACCGACAACUCCUUCCAGCAAGUACCAAACAGUACCUACAAGAAACAUCAGAGCGGAAAUUGCCAAAAAGGAAAUCAAAAUCGCAAACGAUAUCGAAAAAGAAGAAGCUGUAAAAAAAACGGAAAAACCUCCGACUGCAACCGUCAGAGACGUUAAACCACUACUACUCGAAAAGACGGUUUUGUCUACUGAGAAGGUAUCAGAAACCACCACUGUCAACUUGAAGUCUGGAGCAGUUGGAAUGAGUCUUGGAAUCACUUUGUCUGGAGGAACAGACGAAAAUAAAGAUAUAACAAUACACCGUAUUAGAUAUGCUAGCAUAGCAUAUCAAGAUGGUCGUUUGAAACGUGGAGACAAAAUACUCUCAGUGAAUGGAAAAGUCACCAAAGGUCUGACUCACUCCGAGGCUGUGGAAUUACUUAAGGAGGCAGUUAUCGACUUCGAGAUUGUUAUUGAAGAAGGUGACAAUAAUUUGCUAUCACCAACAAGCACUACUCCUUUACAAAGAAGAUCAUCAUCUAUGUCAGUUCUAUCCGAUAUCAAAACUUCUUCGGUGGACGUUGUCGAGAAAACAGCCAACUUUGUCAUACAAAUGCAGAAAGAAUCUUCUGGACUUGGAUUCAGUAUUGAGGGUGGCAAAGAUUCGCCUCAAGGAGAUGUGCCAUUAGUUGUUCGCAAAAUAUUCACUGGUGGGCCGGCUGAUAAAUGCGGUGAGCUGAAAGUUGGAGAUGAAAUCAUUAAAAUAAAUGAAGUGAAGCUGGCUAACUUAUCCAGAAUCGAAGCUUGGAAUUUGAUGAAGAGGAUCCCUGAUGGGCAAGUUCGUGUCCAUAUUUAUAGAUAACUUUUAUAUAUACCAAUUACAUUAUACAAUAUUGUCCUAUAUGUUCUGUUAUUGUUUUUGAUCUUGCCAAAUUACCCAUGAAUCAUGGAAUAUGGAGUGUACGUGAUUUGAUUAAAAUUAUUAUCAUUAAUUUAUGCAAAUUUCGUUAGAUUUUUAUAUAUAUUUUAUAUGAAAGCUUUGUGUAAUAAUUAUUUAUGUGUAUUUAUACCUACUGUAAAUAUAAAUGUUUCCCAAUAUAUUUUCAAAUU